CCUUCGGCACCCGGAGAGAAGGGAAGGCACGCGCGACGGCGACGACCGCAGCUCCGGCCGGACCGAGACCGGGCGGUGCGGAGCGGACACGCAAGGCGACGCGAGCAAGGCGGGAGGGCGGCGCCCGCGCCCGAGAAGACCCCCUCGGCACGAACCGCGGCUGCCGGGACCCCGGUCCCCGCUUCCGAGGCCCCGCCUCUCGGGUCUUGGGACUAAUCGGAUUGAGAGCGCGCCGGCCGGGGCCGCGAACUCGCCAAUUGCGAAGGGCGGCAGCCACCGCCCAAUCCGGAGCAGACAGGUGCGAGGUCCGGAAGGCACAAACCAAUCGGCUGUAGUUGCGACCUGUGGGGGCAGGCCUCGGCCAAUAAGGAGGCUCGAGUGACGUCUUUGAGCGCCAAUAGGGAGUGACGGAGCUUGCGUGCCCGCCCACCCUUCCGGCCGGAGCUCUAUUUACCAGGGGCGUGCAGCGCGUCUGCCAAUCGGAGCGCGGCUGAGCGGCCCGGCAGCCAACCCCGGAGGAGCGGCCGGCUGGCGUCCGCCUCACCCAGGAGUUGGGGAUGUCCUACAAACCCAUCGCUCCCGCCCCCAGCAGCACCCCCGGCUCCAGCACCCCUGGGCCAGGCACCCCGGUACCUACAGCCGGAAGUGUUCCAUCGCCAUCGGGCUCAGUGCCAGGAGCCGCUGCCCCUUUCAGACCACUCUUUAAUGACUUUGGACCUCCCUCCAUGGGCUAUGUGCAGGCGAUGAAGCCACCUGGUGCCCAGGGCUCUCAGAGCACCUACACGGACCUGCUAUCGGUCAUAGAGGAGAUGGGUAAAGAGAUUCGGCCCACCUAUGCUGGGAGCAAGAGCGCCAUGGAGCGCCUGAAAAGAGGCAUCAUCCAUGCCCGGGCCCUGGUCAGAGAGUGCCUGGCAGAGACAGAGAGAAACGCUCGCACGUAACAGGAAGCACCUUGGCCUCAGCGUCUGGACCUUUCCGGCCACUGCAGAGCACCUGCUUCUCCCUGGCCUUUGCCCCAAGUUGCACCUCCUAUCCUGGGCUUCCUGUCUUGUCCCUUGGUGGGUGCCCUCCAGGAACCAGGGAGCGACUUUCACUCCAGUGGGCAAUGCUAACUGGGCUCCUCCCCCUGCAAGAGUUAGCUGCCAGGUCACUGUGAGUCCCACCCACUACCUGCCAGCAGCAGUGUUGGUCCCACUGGAGCGUUCUCCUUUCUUGGCCCCUAUUACUCUGCACUUACUUCUCACCACUUUGUCCCAGGCCUUCUCUUCCAGAAGGAGCUUAGAAGGCCUGUCACCUCCCUGCCUUGUCUCUGGGGCCAUAUUGACUCUUUUCUCAGUGUAUCUUUUGCUAAAUAUGCCCUUUUUAUAUAAAUAAAAAGAUGAUUUGGAGUUGUUCUCUCA